AUGUACGCCAUGAUCCGCCGCGCGGAGCCGCUCCGCCGGCGCGCCGCGUCCGCCGUCCUGGCCGCGCUGCACCACCGCCCGGCCGCGGCUCCCUCCGCCUCCGCCGCGGCGGCCCUCGCGCCGCGGCCGCGGCCGCCGCCGGCGAGCUGGUUCCACUCGUCCCCGGCGUUCCUCGGGUUCCGCGAGACGGGCGCCGCGCGGGCGGGCGCGCGCCCCGAGUUCGCGGCCGACGAGGGGUGGAGCUACGAGGAGGAGAGCAGGCCUGCGGCGGGGGUCAGGGUUGGAGCCAAGGUUGGGGGCGGGGCCAACGAGGAGGGGCUCGAGAUCGCCAAGCUCGGGAUCUCGCACGAGAUCGUCUCCAAGCUCGCUGGGAAGGGCAUCACCAAGCUCUUCCCCAUCCAGAAAGCUGUCCUUGAGCCAGCAAUGCAAGGAAAGGACAUGGUUGGCCGUGCCAAAACGGGGACAGGGAAAACCUUGGCAUUUGGAAUCCCCAUUAUGGAUGCGAUUAUUCGCCAUAACAAAGCUAACUCACCUGGACAGUAUCCCCUGGCGAUAUGUUUGGCACCAACAAGGGAACUUGCAAAACAAGUUGAGAAAGAAUUUGUUGAUUCCUCCAAUCUGGCGACACUCUGUGUGUAUGGAGGAUCUCCGAUUCAGCAACAAAUAAGAGCACUUAGCGGGGGUGUUGAUAUAGUUGUUGGGACACCUGGGCGGGUGAUUGAUCUGCUAAAAAGAGGUACUCUGAAUCUGUCAAUGGUCCAGUUCGUUGUUCUUGAUGAAGCAGACCAGAUGUUGUCAGUGGGUUUUGAUGAAGCUGUUGAGGUAAUCUUGCAAAAGGUGCCUGUGAAACGUCAAACUUUGAUGUUCUCUGCAACAAUGCCACCCUGGAUACGCAAGCUGACAGCCAAGUACCUCAAGAAUCCUGUCGUAGUUGACCUUGUGGGUGAAGAUGACCAGAAGCUGGCAGAAGGAAUUACCCUGUUUACUAUUGCCACGGAGAAACGUGAGAAACCUGCUGUCCUUGGCCAACUGAUUAAGGAUCAUGCUAAAGGCGGUAAGUGCAUCGUGUUUACGCAAACAAAAAGGGAUGCUGAUAAUUUGGCGUAUGCCAUGGGUCGGAGUAUCCAGUGCCAGGCCCUUCAUGGAGAUAUUACACAAGCCCAGAGAGAGAGGACACUUCAAGGAUUUCGCGAAGGGCGGUUUAGUACUUUGAUUGCUACAGAUGUUGCUGCUCGUGGUUUGGAUAUUCCAAAUGUAGAUCUGGUGAUACAUUUUGAAUUGCCAAACAAUUCAGAGAUAUUUGUUCACAGGACUGGCCGUACUGGCCGUGCUGGGAAGAAGGGUACCGCAAUUGCGAUGCACACCUACAACGAAAGCCGAGCUGUCAGGGGGAUUGAGAAUGACGUUGGAGGCAAGUUUAAAGAGCUUCCGAAGAUCAAUGUUGAAGGAUCUGACUUGAUGAUGUCUGGUGGUUUCGAUUCCUACGGAAGUGGAGGCGGUGGUUUUGGUGGGCGUGGUGGUGGCAGUUUCGGUGGGCGUGGUGGUGGCGGCGGUUUCGGUGGGCGCGGCGGUGGUGGUUAUGGCAACUCUUCAAGCCGAGGUGGUGGGUUCGGUGAUUCUGGAGGAUUUGGUCGUUCAGGUGGUGGAUUCAGCCGCUCAGGUGGAUUUGGCGAAUCAGGCUUCGGCCGUUCAGGUGGUGGCGGUGGAUUCGGUGAUUCAGGGUUUGGCCGCUCUGGUGGCGGCGGCGGUGGCGGUGGAUUUGGCGAUUCAGGGUUUGGUCGAUCUGGUCGGUCCAGUGGUGGGUUUGGAGAUUCUGGCUCAGGUGGGUUUGGUAGCGGCUCCGGUGGCUCUGGCUUCAGUGGAUUUGGUAGCUUUGGAAGCAAAAGCUCUUAAAAGAUUAUCCACUGGGUUUGGCAACUCAGCAUAGCCUAGCAACCCUUUAAUUGGAGGAAACUGCCAAACCCAGCCAACUGGAGCUGUGAUGGUUCUUAUCAGAAGAGGUGACUAUUCUUCUUAUUCGGCCAAGGCCGAAUUUCUAGCGCAACAAACACCAUACGCUUGUCUGGAGCUGCCAGCUUUGAAGGCAGCCGGGAAAUAAUCACGAGGCUUUUUUGUGUUCUUUUUCUUUUGUGCUUUCCUGCUGCAAGUUAUUUGCAGUAGGGUUCCUUGUAAUAUAUGCAGUGUGUCUGUUCUUUGCGGAUAACAGUAUUAUAUCUGCUUUUCUUUUUUUGUAGUUUUGUAUUGUAUUAAGCAGCCCUCAGCGGACCUAUCUAAUGACCCGAA